AUCUGAAAGAGAGAGAGAGAGAAAAAACAUGAAAUAAAUAAAUAAAUGAGCAAGGUGCAGUUCCGCCAGGAGCCCCGAGUGAGUGAGAGUGUGUGUGUACGCGCGCUCGCGUGUGUGUGAAUGUGUGUGUGGCGUCUGUCUGAAACAUGAACCGCUUGCUUUAGACAUCCAGGAGCGCUUUCAAAACGCGGGAAAUAUCCUCACCAUCAGCACCACCACCAUCAUCGUCAUCUUCAUCAUCCUCCCCGUCCUUCCGCGGGGGGAAAAAAACCUGUUCGAGAUUUAAUUUUAUUUGUGCGAGCUGCCUACGAAAGUGACACACAAACACUCACGUACAUAUACUACAGAGAGUGUGUGUGUGUGUUGUUUAAAUUAGUGUUGAUGCUUUUGUUUACUAUCUUAAUUAACACCCGCGGGAAGCUGGAGCAUUCAUGUCGUGAUCACAGAAAAGCGUCGCGUUUUUCUGAUGGAUUAACAUAUGAUCUGAACUCAGCCCAGGUCAAACCGCUCCUCUCUCCUCCCCUCUCCGUUUUUUCUCCUCCUCUCCCUCCCCUAUGCUCAGUUCGGUGUGUGUCUCCUCAUUCAAAGGGCGCAAGGGUGGGAACAAGUCGUCCAACAAAGCAUGUUACAGCGCCGACAUGACUUGCCCGUCGGAAAGCGAGAAAAUCGUCAUCAACUGCGGCGGCGUGCGGCACGAGACGUACCGGAGCACCCUGAAGACGCUCCCCGGUACGCGGCUUUCGUGGCUCACUGAACCGGACGCCUUCAGCAACUUCGACUAUGACCCGAAGUCCGACGAGUUUUUCUUCGACCGGCACCCGUCUGUGUUCUCGUUCAUCCUCAACUACUACCGGACGGGGAAGUUGCACUGCCCCAACGACGUGUGCGGCCCGCUGUUCGAGGAGGAGCUCGCUUUUUGGGGCAUCGACGAGACCGACGUGGAGGCGUGCUGCUGGAUGAACUACCGGCAGCACCGGGACGCGGAGGAGGCGCUGGACAGCUUUGAGACACCCGAGCCGGAGGUGCCGGACGACGACCCGGCGCUCGCAGGAGACGGAGACCUGAAGCGGCUGUGCCUGCAGGAGGACGGCAGGAAAGCGGGCUGGUGGCGCGUGUGGCGCCCGCGGAUCUGGGCGCUUUUCGAGGACCCAUACUCGUCCAAAUACGCGCGGUACGUGGCGUUCGGAUCGCUUCUCUUCAUCCUCAUCUCCAUCUCCACCUUCUGCAUGGAGACGCACGAGGCGUUCAACACCAUCUACAACAAGACGGAGAACGUGACGGAGGGCAACGUGACGCGGGAGGAGAUCGUCUACGAGGUGGUGACCGACAGCUGGCUGACGUACGUGGAGGGAGUGUGUGUGGUGUGGUUCACCAUCGAGGUCUUCACCCGCGUCGUCUUCUGCCCCGACAAGAUGGAGUUCUUCAAGAGCCCGCUCAACAUCAUUGACUUUGUGGCCGUCCUGCCGUUCUACCUGGAGGUGGGACUCAGCGGGCUCUCCUCCAAAGCAGCCAAAGACGUGCUGGGCUUCCUCCGCGUGGUGCGCUUCGUCCGAAUUCUGCGUAUUUUCAAGCUGACGCGUCACUUUGUGGGCUUGCGUGUUCUGGGACACACUCUUCGCGCCAGCACCAAUGAGUUCCUGCUGCUGAUCAUCUUCUUGGCUCUCGGCGUGCUCAUUUUCGCCACGAUGAUCUACUAUGCUGAAAGAAUAGGCGCUAGCCCGGAUGACCCAACGGCGAGCGCGCACACCAACUUCAAGAACAUCCCCAUUGGGUUCUGGUGGGCCGUGGUGACCAUGACCACUUUGGGAUAUGGAGAUAUGUACCCGGAGACGUGGUCUGGGAUGCUGGUGGGGGCGCUGUGUGCGCUGGCGGGCGUGUUGACCAUCGCUAUGCCCGUUCCUGUGAUCGUCAAUAACUUCGGCAUGUAUUAUUCGCUGGCCAUGGCUAAGCAGAAGCUGCCUAAGAAGAAGAAUAAGCACAUUCCGCGGGCGCCACAGCCUGGAUCGCCUAAUUAUUGCAAGCCGGACGCAUUAGCUAUGGCCACGGCUUCACCCCAGAGGAUCUUGGGUAAUGUGCUGGGUGGUGUUCUGGGCUCGAGCGGGCUCACAGGAGACUGUCCUCUCGCUCAAGAGGAGAUCAUCGAAAUCAACAGAGACUCGAAGCAGAACGGUGACGCCGCCAGCGCCGCUCUAGCAAACGAGGACUGUCCAACAAUCGAUCAGGUUCUCAGCCCAGACGAGCGCAGCCCCGUGGGCCGAACACAAGAGCGUUACCAGCAGGACAGAGCCUGCUUUCUUCUCAACACACGAGAGUUUCGACCCACUGAUGGAAAUGUGCGGAAAGGUUGUGUCAUAUCCCGCGUUUGCCGUCAGUGCAGCGCCAGAGUUUCUAAUGCGUGACUGAGGUGUUAAGUUUCUAGCAUUUGGCAAUUCUUUUAAGGAGACGCGGUUAGUCGCUGAAUCCUGACAGUUUUGCCGAUGGGGUCGUACCAUCCACACAGGACAUGAGAGGAAUGUCGGACUGGCAAGAGGGUGAGACUGGAAAAAAAUAAAGCUAAAUAUUAUAUAUGUAUAUGUAAGGAAGGAAACUGGAAUUUUCCAAGGCCGGAUCUUCACAUGGUAACCAAAGCAACCUCACCGAAAUUCCGGAUCACUCCUCUUUCUACAGACUGACUGACUUUACAGCAACAAAACCGAACAUUGCACUGACACCUGAAAGAGGAAAAAGACUCUUGAAGGAACGAACGGAAAAACAAAAAAAACAUUCCAAUGAUUUAAGAUCAAAAGACCAGGCGUUUUGACUGCGGUGCUCACCUGGGCCCUGAGUUUCUGUAUAUUAGCCUAUAUGUAAGAAUGAAGGACCAAGUUAGAAUAAUUAUGUAGCAUUUCUGCUAAGACCUUGUAGCAUUUCUUGGCUGGGAGAAACUCUCCAGAGACUUUUUACAGACUGAUAUUUCAUUGACCGUUUGCACAGAAUGACUAAAAAUGGCUUAGUCAUGCACAAUUUCUUUCUUCUUUUCUUCCCCCACUCAGCAUAUUAGCAGCAAAAAUGUGUUGUUCGUGCAUUGCCGUGUGGUAGUUCCCACUCUCCGUCCCAGAAAAAAACAAAACAAAAGUCUGAGUCUUAGAGUAGCUUUUCUUUGUGAAUGAAUCUAGAGCACUGAAAAGUGAAACGCAGCACUCUGCUUUGGUACGUUGCUAUUCCCAAAACAGUCUUCCAGUUUUUUCCCCCAAUGUCCAGGGGAGGCAACAUCGAAAACACAGUCCUGACAGACCAAAGCCCAACUGUGACCAAAUAACGUAAGCUAAAAUGGCACAAAAUCACUUACGAAACAAUGUUCCCUGCCAGAUCUGAACUUUUUUGUCCCUUUAAAUACUAACGGAUUGGCUGUUCUGCCAGGGGUGCUGUCUUUAUAAUUCCCUUAAACAGAGGACUUCCCAAAGUGGAAUUCCCCAAUCUAGAGGUUUAUUUUCUGAUUUAUUUAGUAAAGCUGAUGCUGCCAUAGAUUAUAUACGUGCACAUGCCAGUGCUUGGACCAAUAAAAAGCGUUUUUGCUUUGUGGAUAGAGGGUAUAAAGGUUAGGGAUGUGCGCUCCUGUAAUCUCCCUUUCCGAGAGAAAAAAAAUCGUCUAUGUUAAGACGUGUCUAAAACUGC